UGUUUCCAAUAAAGAAGCUAAACAACGAAGGAAAUGAUUUAGGAAAUCAUCGAGGUUUAUUUAGCAAAAAUGUUUAUAACUUUAAUAUGGCUACACUGUUCAACAGCUGAGGCCGAAGUCAUCUUAUUUUUGGAAAAAGUUUUAUGGAACAAAUAAUUCUUUAAUAUAAUGGAUAAAUUAACAACAAUUAGCGCUACGUUAUUUCUUGCAGCGGAUGUAUUUGCUAUAGUUAGCUUGGCGAUGCCGGACUGGAUUGUAACCGAAGAAGCAGGUGAUAUCCGCCUUGGCUUAAUGUGGACAUGUAUGACGUUGUAUAAUCGUUCACAGGUCUGCUAUACACCCGAGCUUCAGCCGGAGUGGACACCAUAAAUGCAGCACUGAAAUGUUUUGCUUGAAACGGCAGAUAAAAAGAUUUUUAGUUGAUUUAAUGAGGUUAUAGCCACAUAAGUUUAUUACAAAAACUUGAUAAAUAGAUAAGCUAAAUUUAAAUAUUAAAAUAAUGAAAUUUUUAUGCUCACAUUACUUUGAAUAAAUAAAUGUGUCAUUGUGAACUAACUUAAUUCUUUUAAUCUGCACUUAUAUGUGUCAUUUUUUUAUUUUAGGUAACACUUGUCAGUAGGCGUAAUUAUAUUACUUCCUUGUACUUUCUAAAAACAUAGCUGAUUUUCUAAAAUUAGCAUAAAAUUAAAGUUUCGUCAUUAGUGGUUCAUGACCUGAUCUAUAAGGGGCUAGGUCGCCGGACCGUAACUGGAAACCUUCUGAAGACGCCUGAGCAUUACUUGCACAGCAUUAGCAUCUUACUAGAUGCCAAACCGCCACUUAGCACAUCAGAAAGGGAGUACUUGACAUUAAGAACUGCAUCCAGUAUCACUUACAACAACCGCUGGACAGAACGGCAUGCGCACCCGUGAAUCAGCUCGCUUUCUGUAUCUCCCGUUAGGGGACCUCGAUGACUUAGACUGAUCUUGCUUGUCACUAAGCGGGGCUAGAGAGCCGCUACAACAAAUAACAGCAUGUGGUCCUUGAAUUUUCGCAAAGAAAAAUAUUUCGAAAAAAAUUUUGUUGAAAACCAUUUUACAAUUCUUACACACCUAUUAGCGUUAAGAGCUUUAAGAAUUUAGAAGAGUUGAAAUAUGCUUCUUGAAAUGGGCACGAUUCAGUGGUAGUUUGAUAAUUCAUUAGAAGUUAAAGCUUUAUUAGAUCGUCUGAGACACGAUUUCAGCUACUCACUUCGUGAGGGAGCGUUCAUGUAUGAGGUCACCCAGUGGGAGGUCCAGGAAUCGAGCUUUUCGGCGGGGUUGGACCAGAGGAA